AUGCACGAUAUGAUGUCCUGUCUCGUUAUUCCUUUUCUUCUUCUCAAAUUUAUCCAAGUUGGCUUUUGUAUAGAACCUCGCUUCUCGUUGAGUUCGGACAUUUCUUAUCCAAGCGCCGAUCAGAAAGUGCUGUUCCUUACCAAUUCUGAUCACGAGCAGUCCAAUGCCUUUUUAGCGACAUGCCAAUCGCUUAUUCAAUAUCCCUUCGUGGAUGUUCAUUUCGCCUCUUUCCCAGAGCUGAGAGAUGAGGUAUCAAAUUUACAUACGGGCCUGUCCCGAGUCAGGUUCCAUGCUCUGAAUGGAACCCCUUACGCGAAGCGGCUUGAAUUGGAAGAGUAUCGAUUAUCAGGUUUAUCGCAUCCCCCCGGAUUCCACGGCGCUGUAGCUUCGCGAAAAGAUUUACCGAUCUCCCAAGUACCGUGGAAUGGCACCGAGUAUCUGGAAAUGUAUCGCAGUAUGCUUGACGUGAUCAAGGCAGUCGAUCCAACAUUGGUUGUGAUCGAUCCAAUGUUAAAACAAGCAAAUGAUGCAGUGCUGCAACUAGGCUAUCAAUAUAUGAUUCUGUCUGCGAGUAAUUUACGCGACGUGCUUGUAACAGAGCAGCCAGCGGGAAAAAUGAUUCGAGAGUUUCCCGCCAUUGGCUCUGGAUUCUCAUCACCUUUGCCAUGGUACCUUGCUCCGUGUAAUGCCUACCUAUGGCUGCGAAGGGCGUUUACAAUGGUGUUCUCGUCGCAUUUACGCAAAUUGAAAUCAUGCCGACAACAUCAUGGCGUGGCCAACCCAGUCAAUCUUGUCGAGUGGUACAGAGAUGAAGUCACAGUACUCGUCACUUCUUCCCUGGAGAUCGAGUAUCCUAUGUUCGUCCCCCCAAACGUCAUAGCAUGUGGCCCAAUUAUACCGCUGGUGCCGUCAAUAGUCCGUCGAGACCAAUGCUGGCAAGACUGCUUAAAAUGCUGGCACGAUUCCAGCCAACCUAUACUCCUAAUCGACCUGCAAAGACUUACAAAAGACGAUACAAUUGAAAUCGUACGCACGCUCUUUUACAUUCUACUAGAAUACGAUGAUCUCCAGGUUUUGUGGAAUAUCAAAAACCAGACGGAAGACUCUCGAACAGAUGAUAUCCAUUUGGUGGUUGACACCUUCUCUUCUAUAUCGUAUUGCCGGACGCGCAAGUUACAACUGAAUAUGGCAGGCAUCGCGUCAUUAUUGACCAGUGAGGCCAUAUCUUGUGUUCUGCACCGCGGCGAGACUGGCCUCUUCCAUGAUGCUCUGACAUCAGGCGUUCCCCAAUUACUUUUACCUAAAUGGCAAAGAGAUUACGACUACGCAGUCCAGGCUGAAUGGCUAGGCGUCGGCAAAUGGGCAAACAGAGACCAUGCUCCGUUCAUAGCCAACGGGGAGUUGACAGAUGCAAUCCGGAGCGUACUGGAUCAGGAACGCGAUGGGGUUCACAUCGCGCAGCAAGCCAAGCAGAUUAGUUCAGUGCUUCAAACUGAUCCCGGCCAGAAUCGUGCCGCACAAGAGAUCUUGAAAACGCUGCGUCUUCCUAAUAACCGAACAAAAGAACGAUGGAGAGCUUCCUCAGAUGAGUUAUAA